GAAAGAGAAAAGAUGUUUUAGUUGGAAAUCUCACACGUUUGAAAAUAGACGCGAGGAAACUGUGUACAAGGUUUGGCGUCGGGUGUUCAAGUCGCAUCUCGUAUAAACAGUUUAGUUUGAAAGGCUUGUUCAGUUGAAUCGGAUUUGAUUUGGUGUCGACCAAGUAGCAUUUGCUUCCCGAGAAGGCUAUUGACUGCGGGUUGACUAGUCAAUAAUAUUUUUUAAUUUACUAGUCAAUCGGAACGAAAUAAAUGUUACUGUUAAGUCAUGAAUAGAAGUAGUUUGAUAAAAUAACAACCUAAAUCUUGAUUGUUGCAAAUUAUCUUUUACGUUUCUAAGUGGAAUUGUGUCGGAAAAAAAUCAAUAUAACGCGAUUGAAUUACGAUCAGUUUAACAUCUACAAUGCAUAUACCUUUAUGUUGGCUAUUUUAAUUAUCGCUUGUAUGUUCAGCUACAUACGUAGUUAGACGAAUUCAUUCAUUAUAGCAGUACACGAGUUCAUCACUCAGUUAUCUUCUGAGGCUUGUGCUGUAUACAUCACAUACCAGCCUGGUUUGUUUGGUUUACAUUCGAAAUGAUAAGAACGAGACGAAUGUUUACGUUGCGUCGCAAUCACAGUAUCACGCGAAACUUAAGCUACGUCCACAACACUGGGAAGCACCCUUUGGUCUAUAGAAAUGUCGGCCAACACCUCAAACUGGCAGCGGAGAAGUUUCCCAAUCAGGAAGCCUUGGUAUCUGUUCACGAAGCCAAGCGACUAACGUUUUCCGAUGUUUUGGAUAAGGUGGACCGACUGGCGGCUUCGUUCUACCAACUGGGUCUCCAGAAAGGUGAUCGUGUUGGAAUAUGGGCCCCGAGUGGUACUCAGUUCUAUCUAUCCACAUUGGCGGCGGCUCGUGCAGGAAUGAUCUCAGUCGGAAUUAAUCCAGCCUACCAGAUACCAGAAGUUGAGUACGCUCUGAAUAAAGUUGGAGUUAAAGCACUCAUCGCGGCGGAGAGUUAUCGUAACCAGAGUUACUACGAAAUGAUUAAACAAAUUGUACCUGAAUUAAACACAUCUUCUGCUGGAGAGAUCGUUAGUUCAAAGGUUCCGUCCUUGUCAGCAGUUAUAAUGAAUAGUGACAGUGGAAGCAAACUUAAAGGAACCAUAUCCUACGAGGAGCUAUUUAAGACAGUUUCAGAGAAGGACAUUUCCCAUGUGGAAUCCAUUCAGAACACAAUUUCGCCUGAUAGUGGUGUGAACCUUCAGUUCACAUCAGGAACUACCGGGAAACCAAAGGCUGCACUUCUCUCGCACUACAACUUUAUCAAUAAUGCAGUUUCAUUGGGUCUUCCUCAUGGUUUCAAUUUGAGUAGAGAGCACCGAGUAUGCCUUCAAGUUCCAUUCUUCCAUGUCUUCGGAGUGGUUGUCGGAAUCAUGGGGUCAAUUAGUCAUGGCUGUACCCUAGUUGUCCCGGGACCGGGCUAUAAGCCAUCCGCAUCCGUACAGGCAAUUGUCCAAGAAAAGUGCAAUGUUGUGACCGGAACUCCCACAAUGUACGUGGAUUUGGUGAACGAAGUCAGAAAGACGGGAAUUAAAUUACCACCAAUCAAAAUGACCGUCACGGGUGGAUCUCCCUGUGCACCACAACUUUUUUCAGACAUCCAGAAAGUCCUUGGAGUUGAACAAGUGAAAGCAAUCUAUGGACUUACGGAAACGACAUGCGUGUGUUUCCACUCGGUUGCGGAAGAAACCCAGGAGAACAUUCUACAUACCGUCGGACACCUGGGGGAUCAUUGGGAAGCGAAGAUUGUUGACGGCGAAGGCAGGUCGGUGCCAUUCGGAACACCCGGAGAGUUGUGCGUUCGAGGCUAUGGUACGAUGCUGGGAUACUGGGAAGAUGAGCAGAAAACGAAGGAAACGAUCGGAGUGGACGGUUGGCUUAAAACCGGAGACCAGUUCGUGCUCAGAGAGGACGGCUAUGGAAGCGUUGUGGGACGUAUCAAGGAGAUGGUCAUCAGGGGAGGAGAAAAUAUCUAUCCGAGGGAAAUUGAAGACGUUCUUAUUACGCAUCCGGAUAUACUGGAGGUGCAUUGCGUCGGUGUUCCGGAUGAUCGGAUGGGGGAGGAAGUUUGUGCCUUCGUUCGGUUGAACAAUCAGGGAGAUAAAUUGGAUGAGGAAAAUGUGAAAGCAUUUUGCAAAGGAAAAAUCGCGCAUUUCAAAGUACCCAAGUAUGUGAAGGUCAUCGAUCAGUUUCCUAAGACUACGUCCGGUAAAAUACAGAAAUUCAUUCUUUUAGAACGUUUCUUGGAAAAUAAAGUGGAGUCUUAAAAAUCCUAAUUUAUAAUCUUGAAUUUAAUUGUUAUGAGCGGAUUUA